UUUAACUUCAGUCUAAGUAGAGAAAAUUUGAUUUUAAGGCAACACAAAUGCGCAAUCUAUAAUCUAUAUCUAGAAUCUGUAUUCAGUGUAAAUCUUUUACUGUUCGUGAUAUUCUAAUUUCCUGACAUUUCUUGAUAUUGAUGUUUAACAACAUGUCUUGAUAUUCAUAUUUGCUAACAUUUUGAAAGACAUGUCUUCAAUCAUUUCUUGUAUUCAUAUUAUCUUUCCCUGUAAGAUUUUCAUGCUUGUUUGAUAUUCAUAUUUAACAUUUAACAGCGACCAGUGUAGACCAAGAUCAGCCUCCAUGUCCGUGGAGGCUGAUCAUGGUCUGCACUUUUCGCUACUCAUUCAGUAAAUUUUCAUUGAACACGUCUUCAAAUAGUAAAUGGUACUGACAAAAUUGAAUGAUGGACCAGUCCAUUUUAGAAAUUCAGCAGCGUAAAUGUUAAGAGAUGAUCAUUACGGCACGAUGUAACUUGUUCUGAUUCCUCAAGGUUUCAGAGGUUUGGCAGGGGAUGAUAUGGUAAUGAGGAUCCCAAUGGAAGAUCCUCAGGGGCCAUGUAAAUCUUAUACUGUGCGUGAUAUUCUUAUUUCCUAACAUUUCUUGAUAUUGAUGUUUAACAACAUGUCUUGAUAUUCAUAUUUGCUAACAUUUUGAAAGACAUGUCUUCAAUCAUUUCUUGAUAUUCAUAUUAUCUAACGUGUCUUUCCCUGUAAGGUUUUCAUGCUUGUUUUUGUUUGAUAUUCAAUGAGGUUCCCUAUGGAAGAUCCUGGGGGGCCAACUUACAUAAAAUCUUUUUAGCCAGACGCAAAACCGGUUAUCCUAUACAGAAUUUAAGUACAAAAGUUUUGUUACGAACUUUGCUUAUCGAUAAAAUAGACAACCUGCCGGGGCGGUUGCAACUUGCUGUUGAUAUAUCCAUAAUGGAUUUACUGUAUCAUUCAUCUAGGUUAUCGCACGCUAACGCCAUCUAAAUUGAAGCACAUAAAGCCCUGAAACUUUGGACUUUAUCUUUUGUUAACCACUCAAGAUUAGGGGCAUUCUUGACACGUAUUAUUGUGAUGGACACAAGGGAGCAAUUCCGGCGAGGUAUUCAGUAGCCAGUAAAAGUCAUUGUUAAAGGUGUUUACUGCAAUGACGAGGUCAUAUCUGGUUUGGUAUCUUUGGUUGGUACGAUUUGCAUGACUAGAAUGUAUGUGGAUACACAUUAAAGUUUCCGAAAAGGAAAGUACUGCUCAUUUGCGAUGUAGAUCUCUUCACCUAUUGUUAAUGUACACAUGCAUGACGACAAUUUCUUUUGAUUUUGCCAAAGCUGGUACCAAUUGCCAAAUGUUGGAUAUUUUUUCAAUAUAUCUAUAUUAUAUUGCAUAAAUAAUUACAUAUUUCACAUAGAGUAGUAAAUGCUUUCAUUUUUAAUAAAUUUAACUUUAUAUAUUGUUAAACUCAUUGGCGAACGUUUAAAAUGCUAACAUAGUUUGAUAUUACUAUGUUACAGAUUUGUAUAUUACCAAGUACAUUUGAAGUCCAACAGCGUGCAGGUAUCAGACACGUAGUUGGCAAAGCCAUUUGCCAUUGUUUUCGUUUUUGUUAAAAGUGCCAGAAAUUGCAAAUAAAUAAUAUGUGACAUUGUGUCCAUGUUAUCACUUCUUUUAACGCUUAACACCAUUUGUAGAUCUCAUGUGAAUAGAUUUCAUAUCUGAAUUUUUGGCGACAAUUUUAAAAUGUGCUGAAAUAGCACAUAGUUACCUUAGACCUUCGGAAUCCUUUUUAUUUUUAAAAUGAUAAUAUUUUCUAGAUGUUUUUCAUAUAAAUAUUUGGUGCUUUUGCAAAGCCUGUAUAGAUCCGACCUACAAUUCACUAACUAUUUUGUUAAUUAGAUUAAUAUUUCUAAUUGUCAAACCCAAGGAGGUUUACACUAUUCGAAGUCAAUGUCUUGAAAACCAUAAUGUGCAGAUUUGACCAAAGCAUUACUCUUUUAUCCGAUCAAAGGCAUUUUAUAAAAAUAUUCGUUUUCACAAUUCUUCCAUGUUAAAACGUAAAGUUGUAUCAAAAGAUAUACAUGAUAUCACGGCAGGUGUAUCUUAUACACUAACUCGGUAUUACUGUUCCAUAUAUGAAGGCGUUUAAUUGUAGAUGUAUUCUUUUACAGUUGUUCCAUGCUGAACUGAUUAGAAGAUGCACGUUGUAAUGAAAAAUGAAAACAAAAUCUGGCCCUAUGACAUGGGACGGACUUCAAAAUUUUGUAUGGAAGCCUGCGAAUAUAUCUAGACGCACUUAGUAUUUUCUCUUGUUUCUUCCUAAAUCGUGUAUAUAAAGGGUACACUAUAUUUAAGUACAAAAUCAAUAAACGUAUUCAUGAUUUUUGGCCUGCGCUAUUCUCAUUUCCAUUUUUACAUUAUCGAAGGGUUAAUAACCGAAAGAUAAAUAUAGUUUAUCCAAGAAAAAAAGACUUCCUUAACUGCUAAAACUAAAAACAACUACGUGUUCCUUUUCGAUAACAGGAAUUGUUACCGGAAGGAUAAUGCCUUUAAAAACUAAAAAAAAAAAGCUUUGAAGUGUUCGGUUAGACAUUUUGUGAACGUAGAGAUGUCAAGGGUCAAGUCUGUGGAGGAGGACUAUGGAAAGCCGUUAACGCCUGAACGACUUGAGGAAAUGAUUCAACGUGUCACUGGAUGGGCUUUGUUAAAUGGUGCUCAGAGGAAGAUAACUGCCACUGAAGCUUGUGAAAGAGUCGAACAUGUGGCGAUUACGUUGUUUCCUAGUAUAUUACCAGCUGAUGUUCUAAGGAAAGCAAAAUCUUUACAAACAUCAUUCCAGACACUGAUCUACAAAGUAGCAAAUGACCAUGAAUUCAUGAAGGAAUGUUUCAGUGGGUUACUUAGUGUCGAUGCCUUCACUAAACAGCUAUGGGACAUUUAUGAAACAGUUACAAAUGAAGGUCCGGCUCAGGAAAUAUCUCUUACAAUCACACGAAAUGAUUUUAUGAUGGAACCGGCGGAAGAGGACAGUGCAAAAGAAAACUGUAAGCAGGUUGAAUUCAACACUUUUGCUGUUGGUGGAUGCGGAAUGGCCAACAGUAUGGUAGACGUUCACAGAUACAGUUUGUCAUUGGAGGACAUUCCAUUCGAAGAAAAACAGUUACCAGAGAAUAACUCUAUAGAUGGAAUGGCACGGGGCCUCGUUAAAGCAUGGCAGCUAUACAAAAAUAAACGUGCUGUUAUAUUGUUUGUUGUUGAACCAUGUACCCCUGACCACCGCUGGUUGGAGAGAGGCGUCUACCGUUUAGACAGAUCAAUCAAAGUAAUAUACAGAACAUUUCCACAGCUGAUUAUCCAGAUGUCGUUCGGAGAAAAUAGAGAAUUGAUUGUAGACGGAGUAGAGGUUGCUGUUGUUUAUUACAGAUAUGGAUAUGCACCUAAACAUUAUCCUACAGAUGCGGAAUUCAAGUUACGAUUAGACAUCGAGAGAUCUCGCGCGAUCAAAUGCCCCACCUUGGCAGUUCAUCUUGCUGGUUGUAAAAAGAUACAGCAAGUGUUGGCCGAACCUGGAGUAUUGGAGAGAUUUAUAGAUGAUACUGAUGUAAUAAAAGAUAUUAGAUCUACAUUUGUAGGAUUAUACAGACUAGAUGCAAAAGAUUCAAGCAAAAUAAUAACUCAAGCUAUACAGACACCUGAAAGGUUUGUCCUUAAACCACAAAGGGAAGGCGGAGGAAACAAUUUGUUUGGAGAUGACCUAAGAAAUUACCUUGAGAAAAUAAAAGAAUCACCAGAAAGAUCUGCAUGGAUACUUAUGGACCGGAUACAAGCCACAAGACAUAGAAAUCGUCUGAUAAAAGCCGGUCUUGGACCCGAAUGUAGGAAUGUAGUCAGCGAACUUGGAAUUUUCGGAGUUUAUAUCAGUACUCCUACCUCAGAACUGGAGAAUUUUGAAAGUGGAUAUUUGAUACGUACCAAGCCCGAAGAAGCGAACGAAGCGGGAUUAUGCGAAGGGCUCGCAUGUGUCGAUUCGCCAUUUCUUAUUUAGUUGCUGGAUAGUGUAUGAACUAUUUCAGAAUUUCGGCUGUUAACGGCAUCUUUUUAUACGUAUACGUAUUAAUAUGUCAUAUUUGGGGAAACAUUAUUUAUUUGCUCUUAUGUGAAAGAAAUUGUAAAUUUUAGUGAUUUUCACUAUAUGCUCAAUGUAAGUGAUGGUGAUACUUUUAAAAUAAAAUUUUUGAUGCACGAAGAUAUUCAAAAAACAAUGUUUGCAUGCUAGUUAAAAAAUAUGUCAUGGCUGGCUAGUAAAAGCAGAGACAAAAUACAGCAGGACUAAAACAAUGGAAUGGAAGGCAAGGUUGGAAAGAAACAAACCAAGGACCUCGUUUUGUUUCUUUCCAACCUUGCCUUCCAUUCCAUUGUUUUAUUUUCUACUUAUCCAGUUUAGUGUCAGUAGUAUUUUUAAAAGUGUCUUUAUCGAUGACAAUUCAUAUUUUACAUCUCUACGUCAUGCCAUCAGUAACAAGACCACAACAAAAAUAAGGGUUUUCGUCUUUUUUUCUGUGUUAGUCUAGAUACUGGUGUGCAACAUAUGGUUCAUUGCUCAAGUUUGCGUAUUUAAUUUUUAAAUAUGCAACGUGUUAGUUAGUUAUUGUAACCGUGAAUGAACUUCGUACCAUAUUAAUCUAUGAAUAUUUAUAUUUUAAAACAUGACGCUACUAAGAAUCAACGACAAAGUUUUGAGUAAGCAAAAUAAAUCUCUAAUACUUAAUAAUGAAACAGAGCUCUAAUACUUAACGAUGAAACAGAUCUUUAAUAUUUAAUAAUGAAACAGAUCUCUAACACUUAAUAAUGAAACGGAUCUCUGAUUCUCAGUAACGAAACAGAUCUCUAAUAUUUAAUAAUGAAACAGAUCUCUAAUACUCAAUAAUGAAACAGAUCUCUAAUACUCAAUAAUGGAACAGAUCUCUAAUACUUAAUAAUGAAACAUACGAGAAUGGUUUUGGGUAUGUUUGGGAGAGUUUGUAAGUAAUGAAAAGCUUUUCAUCGUACAUUAUGUACAACAUAUAAAAGACCAUUAUUUACAAUUAUGGUGGUCAAAAUGUGAAAUCAGUUCAAAAAUGAUAACAUACAGAAUAUCUAAACAAUAUAUUGCUUAUGAACCGUAUCUUAGUAUUUCAAAUUACAGAAAGUUAAGUUGAGCAUCCGCUCACAUUCUUAAAAUCGAAAGAGGUCGUUACAAAAAUAUAGAACAAAAUUUACGUUUUUGCCCUUCAUGUACCUGUACUGUUAAAGAGAAUUCCUAUAGUUUUUUCCUUUCAUUGAAUUUUUUUAAUUCACGUAUAUGAUAGGAAAAGUUUUGCUGAAAACAAUGAACAAAUAAAAACAAUGGGUCACCAGGCUUGUUUUUGUGAAAAAUUGUUUUAAACACACCCACUGUUGCUGAAACUGUCAGCGAUUUUUCAACAUUUUCAUAAUUUUCUGCUUUUUUAUAAAUACCAGCGAAAAUAUACAUCAAGACAGCACAAUAAGGUUUUUUUCUUCUUACAGAUUUGAUUAUAUAUUUAUUUGAUAUCAUAGUCAUAUUUGUAAUACUCUAUCCUUACAAUAAUGGGUACAAAUGAAAAAAAAUAUUGUUUCAUAUUCACUUUUGUGAAUUUUUUUCAAUGAAAAAUAUCCAUAGUGAAGAAUAUUUGUUUUUAAUUUUGAAAAAACUCUUUCAUAGAAUUUUUUCCUGUUUUUCUUGUGUAAAGAUAAUUGUAUUGUGAGUAUAAAAAUGGCUAAAAAUGUAUGGGUCACCAGGCUAAAUUUUAUGUUAAGACGGCUAGAAUACAACACUUGUUCGGACGGAAAAUGGCGCGAACCUGGCCAAAUUGAUUACAUGUAUGUCUGCUAGAAGUUAAUUUUUUUUUAAUUCUUCAUUCUUUCUAUAAUUGAAUACUAAAUAAUCUGAAAGGUGAUAUUGUUUUAUCAUUACUAAGUCAGUUAUCUUAUAUUAUAUGAACAACACUGUCUUUGUACUAAAAUGCGAUGUAAAAACACAACCACAAAAAUAGCAAGAUACCUGUCAGGCAUGAUACUUGUCAAUACAACAUAAACCAGUAUCAACAUUUAAUUACUGGUAAAACUGAUCAGAAAUGUUAUUUCAUUCAAGAUUCCUCAUAUUUAAGAUUGUCUGUCACAUGUUUCAACAAAUAUUGACUUCAGUUCAGUUUUCCAUAGAAAGUGUCGGCUGCGCAGAAAGAUGCGCAUAAAAAACUAUAGGAAUUCCCUUUAAGACUGAAUUUCGUUUUUUAUUGGUUUGUCCUUACUAUGUUGAAUUAAGAUGUAAUUAUCUACCACAAAAGUAUAUUGAUAAUCCAACAUUGACUAAGUUUCAAGCAAUUAUGACUAGUAAAGAUGGAAAAUUGGUUAGGAAUGUGGCAAUGUAUAUAUAUGAUGCAUUUGAAAAAACGUAAAUGUUUAAUGUAUGUUAAUGUUUAAUAACGGCUGCUAAAUUGUUUACUGUACUGUUUAUUGUAUCAUUUGAUUGUAUGUUCAGUAUAUAUUAUCUGUACCAGGACCGGUGGCCAUAUAGUAAUAAAAAUGUUUGAGUUUGA